AUCAUUGACUUAGCUACUUAGCUCUUGUUUACUAGUGCAUCCGCCAAGAUCGUGUUCCCGCGAUACGACGCGACAUACCGUGUUAAUCUGCCCCAACAGCCCAACACGAUGUUCUUUUAUUUUGCUAUGAACUGUAGACUCUAUCAUGGGCCGUGAUGACGGGCUUGCUCGGGGUUCUUCUCUCAAAGAAAAUAAAUUGCACGGGGUACUCCGUAGUCCGUGUACUCCUCAUCUUCGUCGUCCAUGGAACCGCGACCAAGACAGCGCCUCAAGCUCAGGCCGCCGCCGCAACAUUAUGGAGAUCCAUACGGUGAUGAUCGGAUCAGCGCCCUCCCUGACGACAUGCUCCUCCAGGUUCUUGUACACCUGCCCUGCGCCGGCCAGCGCCGCCGCGCGCACCGGCCUGCUCUCGCGCCGGUGGCGUGGUCUCUGGGCUCGUCUCCCCGGACUCACCUUCCGCGACGCCCCGGCACGCAAGAUCAAAUCGGCGCUCGCCCGCAUCCCUCGUCGCACCGCUGUAUCCCUCCUCGAAAUCCGUCUCAUGCCAUCGGUGGAGGGCAAACUCGACGACGCCUAUGCAAAGUCAUUGCUGCGCUCCGCCGCGCGGCUCUCGCCGGAGGACAUCGUCUUCGUCCUCCCGGAGGAGUAUCACGUGGUUAAGCGAGGCCGUCGUGUCACCAUGGUACUGCCUUGCUUCCACCGCGCCACCUCAAUCGAGGUGGACACGAGAAGCCUCACCAUCAUGCCGACCCCCGGGGGCGAGCUGCCCAUGCUCGAGAAGCUGUCCAUCUCUGGCAACAUUGUCGACAUCGGCGCCUUUCUGAACUGCUGCCCUCGGCUGCGCGUGCUCGGGGUCACCUUCCGAGGUGUCAAUCCCGGCUCUCUUGAGCCGGAGCUCACCAGACUCGAGUCGCAAGCCGCGCUCGGCCUCACGGUCUCCCGCCUCGGUAUGGAAAUCAAGAGCAGUGUUGAUGGCGCGCAGUUUGCCGCCCUUCUCCGUGUCGCGGCUAGGCUCUAUCCUCGGGAGCUCCUCUUCACUAGCCAGUUCUACGUACGUCUUGAUGCCGACCUGCUCUGCUUCCACCGCACCACAUCUAUCGAGAUGGACUUCUACAGCCUCCGUUUCACACAGCUGAUGCCUGGCGAGUUCUCGGCGCUCGAGACGCUGGACCUCAAAGGUUGCACCAUCAUCGAUCUUGUCGCAAUGAUCACUCAUUGUCCGCGCCUCCGCGUGCUCAAUGCAAAAAUAGAUACAUAUGCAAGCAACGUCAUGGUCCACUCGGUGUCGCUCGAGGAUCUUGGUCUUAAUGUCAGAGACACGGAAUGUCGGAGCAUCCACAUCGUCACUCCACUACUUAAGAAACUGAGGCUCAAUGUCCAUGGCAAGACUAACGUCGGUGUUUCCAUAUCUGCGCCAAUGGUGGAGAACGUCUCGUGGUGGCGCACGUAUGCAUGGAUGCCUCUCAUUUUUGGUUUUUGGUGUCUCCAGAGCCUGCGGUUACAGACGAGAGAGUGCUACACACACAAAUAUAGUUUGCUCAACAACGAUGAGGAAGGCAUAUGCUCCCAAUUCCCCCGCGUUCAUGUCCUAUCCAUGGAUAUAUCUUCCUAUGUACGAUUUAUUAUUAUGUGAUAAUUUUCAAUCUGGACAAAUUAAACUUAAGCACACCAUGGACAAAUUUGCAUGGAAUAUAUCAUGCCAAAUAAUUAUAUCUGUUUUGUAGAAUCCUUUGGCUGUUGCGAUGGAGUUUGAACAUGAGGUGGAGAAACUUCUGGUUACCAACUUUUCUGUGCUUGAGCUAAAUCUCAAUACGAUGGGACAUGUUUUUGGAGCACUUGUGGCACGUCUUCUUAAGAUUCACCACAUUCGCACUAAUACACGGAAGCUUAAGGUUGUCUUACGGCAGUGGUUUCAGAUGGAAGAAUCAAAAUGUCUUGGAAACUGUCUUUGUGAUGAGCCUAAGGAUUGGAGGAACCAAAAUAUCUCCUUAACUCGCCUUGAAGAAGUGGAAAUCAACGACUUCACAGGAAGAGAUCUAGAGGUUGACUUUCUUACAAUGAUAUUUGGAUGGGCGCCAGUGCUUACAAGAAUGAACAUCAAGUUGGCGUAUGCGAAUGAACAAAGUGAGAUUGAAGGUUGGGCCACGACUAUACACGAUAUUUGUUUGGCGUACCCUUCUGUCAAUUGCUCUGUCUAUCUCAGCUCCGGUGAAAAAUGGAGUGGUCCUCAGGCGUGACUAGGUUCAUGUGGGGUUUGUUUGUUUCUAAAAGAGGAAAGUUCAUGAGGGAGAUACAAGCUGUAUACUUGGUCUCAUGUUAUGCUUAAUGUAUUCGAACUAUUAUCUAUGGUAUUACAUUGAGAAAGUUAUAUUGUUUUCUGAAUCAUUCGUA